UCUGAUUUUGCAACGAAGACGUCGCUGGCUCCGUCGUCCAGUCGUUCAGUCGUCCAGUUGUCGAUAGAUACAAAUUGUCGUGUUGUGCUCAAACCGGUAAACAGUUCAAUUUCAUCUCGUCUCGUUCAAUACGAGAGUUGUGUCUCUGUGUUUGUGUGUGUGUGUGCGAGUUUUUCAUUUGGAAAAACUGUGAAAAUUCGCGCUCUGUUUUGGGUUAUCGAUUUAGCCAACAUGCGCUUUUUACUGCCUCUGGUGGCGCUGCUGGCUGCCUCUGGGGUCUAUGCGGAUGUCUCGCAUCUGGACACGGAUUUGCAGGAGGAUGGUUACCAUUACAAGCAGCCCUCGCAACCGUUUCCGCCUCCGCCCUCGGGCAAUGGCAUUGAGGACUCUGGCGUGAUAUUUGGACCGCCUCCAUCAGCGCCUGGGCCAUCUUAUGGACCACCUCAGACUCAGCCACCACGGCCGCAGCCUCAGCCUCAGCCCACGGCUCCUGGACCUUCUUACGAACCUCCUCAGACUCAGCCUCCACGUCCUCGGCCAACGGCUCCUGCUCCUUCCUAUGGACCUCCUCAGCCGCAACCAACACGUCCACAGCCUACCGUUCCGGCUCCGUCUUACGGACCUCCGCAGACUCAACCACCUCGUCCUCAGCCCACGGUUCCGGCUCCUUCCUAUGGACCUCCUCAAACGCAGCCACCUCGUCCACAGCCUCAGCCUCAGCCGACGGCUCCUGGACCUUCUUAUGGACCUCCUCAGACGCAGCCUCCACGUCCUCAGCCUACGGCUCCAGCACCUUCCUAUGGACCACCUCAAACGCAACCACCACGUCCACAGCCAACGGUUCCGGCACCGUCUUAUGGACCUCCUCAGACUCAACCACCGCGUCCACAGCCUACGCCUCCUGCUCCUUCUUAUGGACCUCCACAGACGCAACCGCCACGUCCGGAAACUCGCCCGCCACCAGCCGGUCCGGAAUACCUGCCUCCCGAUCAACCUCAGCCACCUAAACCUCGUCCAACUUCCCGUCCAGCACCACCAGCUCAGCGACCUGAAUACGGCCCACCACCACCAACCCAGCCAGAGCCACCACGCCCACAGCAACCGGGCGCGGAGUAUUUACCUCCUUCUGGCCCACCAUCCGGACCUCCAGCACCGCCCACAUAUCAACCACGUCCCCCAGCACCACCAGCAACAGGUCCAAGCUAUGGUCCACCGCCUUCCAGUCCGCCUGCACCGCCCACAUAUCAACCUCGUCCACCUCCAUCUGGACCCCCAGCACCACCCACGUAUCAGCCACGCCCACCAGCACCACCAGCUCCUCCAGCACCUACUCCCAGCUAUGGUCCUCCUCCUAGUCCACCUGCACCGCCCACAUAUCAGCCGCGUCCGCCAGCACCACCAGCACCACCAGCACAAACCCCCAGCUAUGAGCCACCAGCAGGUCCCACAUACCAGCCACGCCCACCAGCACCACCAGCAGGUCCCACAUACCAGCCACGCCCACCAACACCGCCCGCACCACCAGCACCAACUCCCGGCUAUGUUCCUCCGCCAUCGAGUCCACCAGCAGGACCCACAUAUCAGCCACGUCCGCCUGCACCACCAGCACCACCCACCCAAGGCUAUCCGGAGCCGGAACCCACCGAUGCUGGCUCACUGGGUCCCGAUGGUUACAACUACAACAAACCUGCCAAGCCAUUUACCUUCUAGGUUUUGGCCACAUCACAUACUCGUAUUUGCAUACUUAGGAUCGAUAUAGCCUAAGGCAUUCCAAGUAAUUUUGAACCACUUGCUGCCCUCCCCCCCGCCUUACUUUUAGGUACAUUGUAAUGAAUCUAUUGUAAAUCGUCGUUUCAAAAUAAAGAGAAUUCUACACCGAAACCAAUUAA